AUGAACGACAGUUACCAUGUCCCGUCGAGUCGCGGGUUUCCUUAUGUGGAGGACAGCGCGAACACCGAGUCCGUGACCUUGAACACAUCGACUGUGCGAGCGCCAGGGGAACCGGCUCGCGCGGAACACAUUCAGGUUCCACGAUCACCUCAGCUUUCGUCGCUACACGUAAAUGGAUUGAAUGCGGGGAUCGAGGACAAGAAAGACCACAGCGUCUACGUUGAGUCCUCCGAGCGUGGUAGCGACACCUCCGUUGAUGGUCAACAGCCAGAACUACACUCCGCGAGCGCCUUCACAUACUCCGUGCCCAGCCUACCUACCUCUUUAGUGAAUGACUGCCAUCGAAAUACAGAGCUAGGCAACCCUCGCUUCCUCGCCGAGAACUCCCAAUCGCCACGAACAGAGCCGAAGCUGGAGAACUCCCAGGAAUCGUUGCACAAUUUGCCUGUCAAUGGAAAUGGAGUACAUGGUCUUCAUCUACUGAAGUCUGAACACAGUAGCAAUGGCUGUUCACCUCCAGUUCGAUCACCAAAACAUCACACCUCACAAUCGGAACUCGGCAUGCAGUUCGCUCCUGGACACAAGAGGACAGCAACCGGAGACAUUAAAGAUAUUUCGUCGCACCUUCUGGCACCGCAACUCUCCGAGGUUAAUCGGCUUUCGCGACGUCGUUCGAAGAGCACAGGCUCACCAACACACGGGAGCCGAAUCGCACAGUUGUCCGUUCAUAUCCGCACACGACUGUCCUAUGCGGCGGCUAAGAUAGAAAAAUCCCGACAGUCACAAAGCAGUCCCCAGCUUGCGCUGCAUGGACUGGACAAUCUAUCUUCUCUAGACUCACAAACUACAAGUGGCAUUGCAUCACCAUCUACCUCAAACCCGGCAUCUCAUCCUCAACGCAACUCACACACCUCAAUCCCUCGACCCUUUCCAUCUCAUCACCGCACACAAUCAGCGAUUUCUUCGCCUGGCAAACUUCUUCCCAUUCCAAAACUAGCUCCGCCUGUCGAUAUCGUCACUUCCAAUGGAGAUACACGGCGGCGACGACCGAAUCCAAACGAAUCAACCUCAAAGCCCCUUUUUGGCAGCCCUUAUGCUCGUCAUCGACGACACCAUUCCACUCAGGCAACCUCGUUUUCUCAUUCAAUGGGUGGCUCACCAUCGGUCGUGGGGCCGGGGACGCCAUCUAUCCCACCAUCGUCCCGUGCGCCUACGUCUUCCCAAGAAGGCAUCUAUGGGUCACGAACCCAUUCUCAGAAUACCUUGAUGGAACAGGAUGCAAUUGAAACCCUUCUGUUCAUGUCCAGCCCCGAAAACUCGGGCUACCGCUCUAGCCCAAGGCCGUUACAGCCUCCAGCUACACAGAGGAGCCUAAAUGAAUCGAUCUAUUCCCAUCAUGAUGGAGUCAGAUCACAACAAAGCCAAGGCUCACAAAGCAACGACUCGCAGAAUAGUGGGGAUCUGAAGAACGGCCAUCUCAGCCUGGGACUAGAAGCCCGCGCGGGAGAUGAGAUUGAUCGCAUUUUGGACCAGAUGGAAAGCGAUAGCGAGGAUGAUGCUCGAUAUGCAUCUCACCGCCUCAAUGUCAAAACACAGUUCAGAGGACAUCAGGGACGUCCAAGGUGA